UUGUCAUAACAUUUCGAUCAUCAAGCCGGCCGGGAGGAGGAAAAUGGAAAUUCUUACCAAACUACAAACCAAAUGACCAAAGAUUCAAUACUGGAGUCAAACACUGCAAUCUAACCAUGCAGCCUUUGGGUAAGGCAGAUCUAGGUGUGUCAACGUUCUACGCUGCAGCCCACGCACACGAUCAGUGUGGUACAGAUGGUCUGCCACUCACACCAAACUCCAUCAAAAUCCUGGGACGUCUGCAGAAACUGAAGUUGUCCUCGCACCCAAGACUUUGUCAGUAUGUGGACAUUGUUAGAGGCAAACAUGAGAGAGUUAUGGUCGUUGCUGAGUACUACAACAACAAUUUGCGUUUGGAGGCCAAGAAAGGAACAUUUUCAAACUCAGACAAAGUGCUUCAGCUUAUCCAUGAGGUUUUAGAAGGCCUGACCUUCAUGAAUCAACAUGGGUUGGUGCAUCGAGCCUUAUCACCUACAAAUGUACUGCUUGACGGAGAGGGUCAUGCUAAGCUUGCUAAUCACGGGUUGUAUCACAUAACAGAGCAUGGAGCUUGUGUCUCUUUUCCUGUUGGCCAUCCUCGUUACAUGUCCCCAGAAGUUCUAGCGCAAGGUCCUAUCCAGGGUAGGGAGUCCACGGAGAAGAUAACUCCCUCGGGCCCUAAGGUUGACGUCUGGUCACUGGGGAUCAUCAUCAUGGAGAUCUGCCUUGGGAUGGAGCUGUGGGUUUCCUGUACAUUACCUCAACUCAUCUCUAAGGUGAUGUUACUAGGGAAGCACGGCAAUGGUGGACACCCCUUGGAAACCAUCCUAAAAGAACACGGCUUACAAAAUAAAUAUCAGGUAAAAGACUGA